AAUUCCUUUUUUUUUUCAACCAUUAACCUAAACCCAUUUUACACCUUCUGCUAAACAACAAAACGAUGUAUUUUUAAUGAGAGGAACCAACAUAAUUUGACUUUGGAAGUUUGAAGUGAUAUUUUAAUUCGCUUAACAAAAAAGAUAAGGGCAGUGGGGACUGGGGGAACACAAAGAGACGAUGGAGUGAAAUUGCUUCAGACAGAAAAUUCAACAAUCAGGCAACAUUGCUUCAAGUUCCCGCAAAAUCUUUUGAAUUUCCCGCCAAAGAGGGGGAGAAAGGCCCACCAAAAUCAACCGUCACUUUCAUAAAUGGAACUGUCAUUGGGAAGAAAGUAUUUUUUAUUCGUCAUUGAGCCCAAGCUCCUAAGCUUUGGAAAUAAAUUAAAUUAAAUGCCCUGUUGUCCUUUAUUUCUUUUAAAUAAAAUGUAAAUUUUUAUAAUAUUAAAAUUAUCUGUUUAUCAUUAUCCUCGAUAAAAAUCCAAUGCUUCACAACUAUGUAGCCAGCAGCAGGAUGCAUACCAAUACCAAUAGAAAGAGUAACCUCGGAAUGAUGUGAAGAUACCUGAGAUGGAGCUGGGCUGCUGGAGAGUGGAGGAAGAGAGAGUAGUGGCUAGAUCUGGACCGUCGGCAGCGGUUGGAGUGGCUGGAGUCUGGACCACCUGCGAGGAGUGGAGCUCAAGCCUUAACGACCCAAGCAGAGGAGGUCCGGCGCGGUGCAGCAAGCAGAGGGGUCCGGCACAGUGCAGAGCAGCAAGCAGAGGGGUCCGGCACAAUGCAGAGCAGCAAGCAGAGGGGGUUCGGCACAAUGCAGAGCAGCAAGCAGAGGGGGUUCGGCACAGUGCAGUGCAGCAAGCAGAGGGAGUCCGGCACAGUGCAGAGCAGCAAGCAGAAGGGGUCCGGCACAGUGCAGUGCAGCAAGCAAAGGAGGUCCGGCACAGUGCAGCAAGCAGAGGGGGUCCGGCACAGUGCAGUGCAGCAAGCAGAGGGAGUCCCACACAGUGCAGAGCAGCAAGCAGAGGGGGUCUGGCACAGUGUAGUGCAGCAAGCAAAGGGGGUCCGGCACAGUGCAGUGCAGCAAGCAGAGAGGAGUCCGGCACAGGAGCAGAUCUGCAAGUUGCAGCUAACAGCUUUGACAGCAGCUCCAGGAGCAGAUCUGUAGCAGCUCCAACAUAGAUAUGUAGUAGAUCUGUAGCAGCAAGAAAGGGAGAGGAAGGUUGAAGGUGAGGUGAGACUUGAGAGGUUGAUUGUUCGGCAGAGACCAAGAGUGAGUGAGGGAUUGUGGCUACGUGCGUGAGUGACAGAGGGAGGAGAAAAAGAGGGGAAAUGAAUAAAGUUAAAGUUAUGAA